GCCGCCGCCGCCGCCGCCGCGCUGGACCCCGGGCCGCCACCAUGCGCCGCCUCCCGCGGGCCGCGCUGCUGCCGCUGCGGCUCGCCCUGCUCGUGGCCGCCGGGGCCCCCGAGGCGCCGGUGAGCGCGCCGCGGAGCCUGGUGUGGGGGCCCGGGCUGCGGGCGGGCGUCGUGCUGCCCGUCCGCUAUUUCUACCUGCAGGCCGUGAGCUCGGAGGGCCACAACCUCACUCGCUCGCCGCCAGGUCAAACACUAUUCAAAGUAGUAAUCAAAUCUCUUUCACCUAAAGAAUUAGUCCGGAUUCACGUCCCCAAACCUUUGGACAGGAAUGAUGGGACAUUUUUGAUGCGAUAUAGGAUGUAUGAAACUGUCAGCGAAGGGCUGAAGAUAGAGGUCCUUUAUGGUGAUGAACAUGUGGCUCAGUCUCCUUAUAUUUUGAAAGGACCAGUGUACCAUGAGUACUGUGAGUGUCCUGAAGAGGAUCCUCAGGCCUGGCAGAAAACUCUUUCUUGUCCAACCAAGGAACCACAGAUUGCAAAGGAUUUCGCUUCCUUCCCCAGCAUCAAUCUCCAGCAGAUGCUAAAUGAGGUUCCAAAAAGGUUUGGGGAUGAGAGGGGUGCCAUUGUUCACUACACGAUUCUCAAUAACCGUGUCUACCGGAGAUCUUUAGGGAAAUACACAGACUUCAAAAUGUUCUCAGACGAGAUUUUGCUGUCACUGGCAAGAAAGGUCCUUCUCCCCGAUAUAGAAUUUUAUAUUAAUCUUGGAGAUUGGCCUCUGGAGCAUCGAAAAGUCAAUGAAACCCCUGGCCCUUUACCUGUCAUUUCAUGGUGCGGCUCCUUGGAUUCACGGGAUGUUAUCCUUCCCACGUAUGACAUCACCCACUCCACACUCGAAGCAAUGAGGGGUGUCACCAAUGAUCUCCUCUCUAUUCAGGGAAAUACAGGGCCUUCCUGGAUCAAUAAAACAGAGAAAGCCUUCUUCAGAGGUAGAGAUAGCCGAGAAGAGAGGCUCCAGUUGGUACAGCUGUCCAAGGAAAAUCCAGAGCUCCUAGAUGCAGGAAUUACAGGAUAUUUCUUUUUCCAAGAGAAAGAAAAGGAGCUUGGAAAAGCUAAAUUGAUAGGUUUCUUUGAUUUCUUUAAGUACAAGUAUCAAGUGAAUGUGGAUGGGACCGUGGCAGCUUACAGAUAUCCGUACCUCAUGCUGGGCGACAGUUUGGUUUUGAAGCAGGACUCGACAUAUUAUGAACAUUUCUAUGUGGCACUGAAGCCUUGGAAACAUUAUGUUCCAAUUAAAAGAAAUCUCAGUGAUUUACUAGAGAAAGUUAAGUGGGCCAAGGAAAAUGAUGAAGAAGCCAAGAAGAUUGCAAAAGAAGGGCAAUUGGCUGCUAGGGAGUUGCUGCAGCCCCACCGGGUUUACUGCUAUUAUUACAGGGUGCUCCAGAAAUACGCUGAGCGCCAGUCCAGCAGACCCGAAAUACGUGAUGGGAUGGAACUCGUUCCUCAGCCAGAUGAUAACACGUCCCUCUGCCAGUGUCACCGGGAAGGACCUUUCAGAGAAGAGCUCUGAGUCAGCUCACACGGACACUCCUGUGAAUGCCAGUGACACAGCAAUGCACGCCUUCGGACAGAGGCCGCGCUGUAGGCAGCGCGGUGCUGGAGACACGUGGACGGGCGGAGCAGGAUGCGAGCAAGUAUCACAGGCCUCUUUGAAUAUUCUUCUCUUUUGUGUAAAAACUGCUAUCAUCAAUAUCACAGUUGCUCUAAACAGAAAACUUGCGGGUCAUAGCAGACAGGCUUGCCAAAAUAGAAAUCACUGUAAAAAAAAAAAAAAAGAAAUCACUAUGAAAUGAUGUAUACCAUAUUUCUUAGUUUGUUGCUAUCCCUUGUUCACUUUCCCUCUCCCUCUUCCAAUUAUGAAGAAAAACCGUUUGUGCAGGGUUCUUCCCCGCUUACUGCGUAAUUUCACCUCCUACAAGCUGCUUUGGACAUUGAGUAAUAGCAAGCCUCCUCUUGGAAGGUCUGAUAAGAAUAGUUAAGGAAGAAAAGGAUGGCUCCCUUGUUAAAGGUAGCUUGGAGACUGUGGAGGCCACGGUUUUUAAAGCUCACUCGUAUCUUUUUAGCUAAGUUUUAUCAAGGACUGAGACAAAAUUAAGGAGAAAUUAUGCCAUAAGCUAGUAAUUCCCAAUCUAUCUGGGUGGUACACCCAUCAAGGACAACAUAAUUAUUAGUAGAUGAGAACUUUCUGUGGGUACCACUCAUUAUCUAUGUAUUGAAUAGAUGGAAGGUAACUACAGUCAGGUGGGGAUCUCUAGUACUUUUUUGAAUCUUUAAAAGGGACACUUGAAAACAUCUGCCAGAAGCAGCAGUAAGCCUGGUACCUUGGGAUUCACCAAUAAGCUGAUAAGAAAGGCAAGCAUCCUGAGUGCACCCCUCCUCUGUUUCAGUGAAUUGCUACAAGAAAAACUUUGGAAAUUUCCUUUGCCUUUUUGGACAGGGUCAAAACUUAAAGACUUAUAGCCCAGAGAUUCAUUACACACUCCUUGUAAAACCACCAAUCCAAGAUUCACUCCACUAAAGAACACACUCCCGAAGCAAGAGCUAGCUACACUCCCAGUAUAAAAAUAUUUACUCCCCUAAUUGAAAUAUUUACUUAAUCUGAGAAACAAUGUAACCACUUUAAGGUAGUCAUAUCCUUUUAUGAAGGUUCAAGAAGAACACAGAAUUGUGUAACUAGACAAGAGCAAAACCACAUUUAGGAGAACAGAAUCGUCAAAACCAAGUACCCAAGGAAAACACCCACCAAUUGUACACCCACAAAAGUACAAGGUCACGAGUAUAAAAUAAAGGGCAGCUGUACUAGGACCAUACACUAAUGAAUCCAUGUCCUGCAUAUAUUGUACAUGGAGUCUGGGGCUUGUCAAAGCUGAGAUUAUUGAAAGAAAAUUUGCCUUCCUUCACACCAGCCUGCCCACCAACCCCAGGUCCUUCCUUGUGGCUGAUGGCAUCUUGUUAGAAACAUCUUAAAUUUUUAUUUUUUUUUAUUUUUUUUAUUUUUUUAUUUUUUAUUUUUUUAAAGAUUUUAUUUAUUUAUUUGAGACAGAGAGAAUGAGAGACAGAGAGCACGAGAGGGAGGAGGGUCAGAGGGAGAAGCAGACUCCCCGCCGAGCAGGGAGCCCGAUGCGGGACUCGAUCCCGGGACUCCAGGAUCAUGACCUGAGCCGAAGGCAGUCGCUUAACCAACUGAGCCACCCAGGCGCCCACAUCUUAAAUUUUUAAAAUGUCUAUCAUCUGCUGCCAAACAAGCCUGAUAGUUAAAAGUGAACUGAGAUACACCACGCAGCUUCUGAGCUUAGAACAGGAAAAGGAUAUGUUUAAGAAAGUAAGUGGAGCCCUCAAAAAAUUCCAUAGGGAGUCAGCAGUCAAUCUAGAUAAUUUUCCAUCCACCCAGCACAGUCAUAGUCUUUAACAAGAGUUAGUUUUACAUGGCUUUCUGGUUUGUUGACACGAAUAUAACUUAAUAAAAUCGUUUUACUAAAACCCUGAUUUUUUUCCCUUCGAAUUCACACAAUAUCUACAUAUUCCAUUAGUUGUUUUUAAUACUUCAACUUUCCUUAAAAAAUCUGAUUUUUAAAAGGAAGAGAGGAAUAUGCAGGUAAAUACAAUAAGUGAAUUUAUCUAAAUAAGCUGCCAGCAUGUUUGUUGCUGUAUUGUUUUUAUUAGUAAAAUGUUGGAAGCACCUUGAUUAGCUCUCAUGAGGGAACUAGCUAAAUAGUUAUUGAUAUAUAAAGGAAUGUAAUACAACUAUUUUUAAAAAGCAGCCCUAAAUGUACUAUCAUGAAAGAUUUCCAUUACAGUAUUCAGUGAAAAAACUAAGUUACAGAACAACAUGUAUAAUGUGAAACCAUGAAUGUAAAAAACAAAAAUAUAUUUGUGUGGUUGAAAGUUUGGAAGGAUUUUACCACUAUCUGAGGAAGAGAUGGAGAGAAGGAAAUUUUUACUUUUUGCUAUAUACCUGUCUAUGAUAUUUGUUUUUGCUACAAGUAAGAAUCAGAUUGUAAAAUAAAGAAAAAUGUAAACCCAGGAAGACUGUAAGUGCACAAAAGAUAUAUAUAAGAAAAUGGAUAUUUAUAUUUUCCAUUAUGCUGUUUUUAAAUCUACUCUGUCUAGAAUUUUAUAUCAUGGGACAUAUUAUAUACACUUUUUAAAUGAAGUAAAUUUUCUAAAUAAAAUUUUGAAAAAGAUAAUUUCUGUUUUUAAGAAAGACUGUAACCACCAGGGGACCUGGGUGGCGCAGUGGAUUGAGCCGCGACUCUUGGUUUCGGCUCAGGUCAUGAUCUCAGGGUCCUGAGAUUGAGCCCCGGGUGGGCUCCAAUCUCAGUGGGGAGUCUGCUUGAGAUUUUCUCUCUCCCUCUGCCCCUCCCCCUGCUUGCACAGGUGCUCUCUCUCAAAUAAAUAAAUAAAUCUUUUAAAAAAAUAAGAAAGAGGGCGCCUGGGUGGCUCAGUUGGUUAAGCGACUGCCUUCGGCUCAGGUCAUGAUCCUGGAGUCCCGGGAUCGAGUCCCGCAUCGGGCUCCCUGCUCGGCGGGGAGUGUGCUUCUCCCUCUGACCCUCCUCCCUCUUGUGCUCUCUGUCUCUCACUCUCUCUGUCUCAAAUAAAUAAAUAAAAUCUUUAAAAAAAAUAAAAAUUAAAAUUAAAAAAUUAAAAAAUAAGAAAGAUUGUAACCACCUAUAGCCCUGGUAUUUCUGUAACUGUGUUGGUCUAAUUUUAAUUUUAUUGUGUCUUCAUGAAUAAAUGAACCCAAACUUC